AUCUUCCUGUAAGUCAGUGAACCAAUAGCAAAUAUUUCUGUUUACAGAGCAGACGAGUAGGAGAUAACAGUGAGAUUAAUGUCUAAAACAGCUGAAAAUCUCAACCAGGAGUUCCAGCUUGACGGAUUCUUUCUUAGAGGAAAUUCAGGACCUGCAGAACAUGAAGCUACACCAUGCAGUUUCUCUGCUUCUCCUGCUUCACCUCUGGCAAAACACUACCUUGAGCAUCUCCAGCACUUUCUGCCCUUCACAAUGCCAGUGUUUCUCCACAACCACAAUAAUUUGUUCUGAUAAGUCGAUGAAAGCUUUGCCGGUGAACAUCCCUACACAUGCAACAGCACUGAUCGUCUUAGCAUCUGGUCUGAGAAAGAUUACUGCUGUGGAGAAUAUGAAGAACCUGACCAAACUGAUAUUUUUGGGUAACCCAGUGCAGAAUGUCUCACACAAUGCUUUUGAAGGGCUAACAAGUCUACAGGAGCUGGAGAUCAGUGGGAGUCCUUUCUUGGCCCUGGAAGCUGGGACCUUUAAUAAGUUGGACAAGCUCUCCAAGCUUCUUCUCAACAACAACAAAAUAAUGCUUUUAGCACCAAACCUUUUUGACUCUCUUGAGAAGCUGGAGAUGCUUCAGCUGCAUGGAAACAUGCUCCAAUGUCUUCACAAAGAUCAAUUCCGCAAGCUCACCAACCUUCAAGAACUCAAUCUAUCCUCCAACAAGCUGUCUACAGUACCAAUAAGUGAGCUGAGCAAGUUGAAGACACUGGAUUUGGGUUCGAACCAGAUCACCAGUCUGUCUCUGGACACCUUCGAUGGACACCCUGAGCUGCAGAUUAUUUCCCUGCAGGGAAACCAGAUCAACCAAAUUGAACCUGGUACAUUCACACACCUGGAUAACUUGGAGGAACUGAACUUGAGAGAUAACAAUAUAAUGGUGCUGAGUUCUGGAUUAUUUCCUUCUUAUCUGAAGAAGCUCACGCUCAAAGGGAACUCCCUGCUCCAAUUAUCCUCUUGUGCAUUUACCGGUCUUCACAACCUCACUUAUCUGGACUUGUCUCAAAACCGGCUACAUUUCCUCCCAGCAGAACUUUUCCAAAACCUUUCCUCUUUAGAGCAUCUGGACUUGUCUGAGAAUAGUCUUCAGGAGUUAGCAAGCACUAUCUUCAGAGGCCUGCUUCAAAUAAAUGUCAUUAAUCUGCAGAAGAACAACCUGACCUUCCUAGAAGCAGACCUUUUCAUAGAUCAGGGAAAGAUGUCGCGUCUCAGCUUAGCAGGGAACCGACUGGAGAACCUUGUGUAUGGCCUUUUUGAGCCGUUAGACUUUGAGUGCUUGUUUCAGCUGAGUGGUAAUCCCUGGCGCUGCGAUUGCAACCUGAUCUACUUUCAUAAAUGGUUGAAUUACACCAGCAACACUGUGACAGACCUGAGCCAGGUUUACUGCACUGAACCCCGGUCUCUCAGGGGGAUGAGUCUGACUACCGUGAACAAGGAGCAGCUUGUUUGCUUCGAAGGAGCUAUCACAGAAACUCAACGUGCUAUUAACCAGGCCACCAGCAGCGUCUUGGACAGACAGUGCAGUCUCCAGGAAGCCAAUGGCAACAUUGUUGUUCAGUGCAAGUUCAUGAAGUGCAGUGAGUUAAAGCUUGAUGUGAGUUUUCACCUGGAAGACGGAAGCCUUUUGAAUUAUACUGUGACAGAUCCUUGGCCAAGGUCAUCUCAGUGCUCGAACGGAACAAUAAUCCUCACUGUUUAACCAUGGGCUUUUAUUUUAACAGGCUUCUACAAAGACACUUAAUAGAUUUUGUGAGGAUGAAAAUACUUCCUGGUAUUUCAUGAGUCUGUUUCAUUUACUAGACCUCACCAACCCCAAUUAUCUUUGUCACUUUAUUGACAACUCGUAUGCUGUUUCCAACGUUAAUCUUCCAGAAAUUAAACACUGACACUGGAGAGUCCUUACCUCUUCCAUCAAUGUUAAAACAAGAUAUCUCAUCUUCUUAAACAUCUUGUAAGGAUUGAAAUACUUCCUGUUCUUUUGAUGUCAUGAAUUGUCAUAUUCUCACCAGUCUUUCUUUUUUCCUUCAAAAAAAUUAAACAUUCUUGUUACCAAACACUAA